AAACAAACUUCCUCGUGCUAGUUUUCAGCCGCGAUCAAAAAGACUUGAACAGGGAAGUAAUUUUCUUUGUAAAAACAUCUGAGUCAUGCUGAGUUGAGGAAUAAUCACAAGAGCCUCACCUUCAUGUGAUGCCCUCUUCAGCUGAUCUCAGGUUUGUUGCUAACAAAGUGCAGAAGAAACACUUGACUUGACAUCUGGCCUUCUUCAGAAAAAUGACUCACGCUUGCAAGUUAUGGCAAAAAAACAUUUCAACAUCUGCAAACAAAAACUUGUUUCCUCCUCAGGUCUCAAUGGACUGGGCCCUUGUUGUAGUUCUGCAAGUCUUAUUCCAGCCCUCUCUGUCAGUCUUGUUCACGGUGGAUGCAGAACAAACCCAGUACACGUCGGAGUUUGGGGGAACCGUGGUGAUGGGCUGCAGGUUUUCUCCCAAACCGGCAGAUCUUCGGUCCGACCUGAAGGUGACGUGGCACAGGACCGCCCCCAACUCGGUCCAGGAGGUGAUCCGGAUCGAUAACGGGGUGGAGCACGCCACAUCCCAGAAGUACCAAGGCCGAGUGAGGCUGCUGACCGACGAGCUGCAGAACGGCUGGGCCAAGCUGGAGAUGUCCAGGCUCAGGAUAAACGACUCGGGCGUCUACCGAUGCCUGGUUCACACGGGAGAAGGAGCUGAUUAUAAAAGCAUAAGCUUGUCUGUUGGAGCAUCUUACAAGUCGGUCACCAAGCACGUCGAGGAGGCCGCAGAGGGCGAUGAGGUGGUGUUGACCUGCCAGUCGGAGGGAUUCCCUCAGUCCUCCGUCGUGUGGCAGGAUGUACACGGGCAGACACACAACCCCAGCAACGCCUCGGCAUCUGUGACGCCAGAGGAGCUCUUUAGAAUCACCAGCCAGAUACGAGUCAGCUCCUCAGAGAAGAACAGCUACACGUGUAACGUCGUAAAGGAUGGCUCCUCUGCAACAUUUCACAUCCCAGAAGAAAUUCCUCGCUCAAAAAAUGAUGCCGUCAUCGUUACAGUGAGCAUGCUGGUGAUCGUGGGGGUCGUUGUCGUCGGCGUGCUCGCUUACAGACGGCGAAAAAAAAAUAAAGCAGGGUCCAGAGCUCACAGCACUCGGAGCACCAGGAACCUUCUGGUGGACAGUCGGGACAAGUCUGCUUCUACCUGCAUACAAAUAGACAAAGAAAAUGAAGACGGGACAAAUAACAUGAAUGAUGGCCACACAGAGGAAACUCUGGGAUUACAUCUGAAAGCACAUUACUCUAAAUUUUCCUUCAGCGAAGAGACGCACAGCGGCGCUUUCGGUGCGGAGGAGCUUCCUCAGAGGCUGCAAAACAAUGACGGCCAACCUGUGAAUCCUCUGGCUUUACUCCCAGAACCUGGUGAGACAGUUCUCCUUGAGGGAUCUCCAGGAAGCGGGAAGACGACUGUAGCUCACAUCCUGGUCUCAUCUUGGACCGGAGAGCCGCCACAAUCCAACCCCAUCGACCUCAGCGUCCUCAGUUUUCUCUUAUACGUCAACUGCAGCGCCGUGAAGGAGGACUUGUAUCAGGAGAUAAGAACUCAGCUCUCUCUCACCGAGCAGACGUCUUCAGAGGAGCUGAGGACUGCGUUAACCAAGUCCAGCAAGGUUCUGCUGUUGCUGGACGGCUACAGCGAAGGAAACCCCGUUUUUGAUGAAUCCUUACGGGGGUUUCUGAGCAACCAAGGAGGCUGCAGGGUGCUGAUUACAGCCUGUCCUGGACACUGUCCCACAUUAAUGCAAACAGCAGGAAUAGGGGGGAUGCUGAAGUUCAAUCUGAGAAGCGAAAGUUUGUGACAAACAAACGCACUGUAGCUUGUUACACUUUUAACAAACCCAGGUAUUAUGUUGUGUAGUUUUUAUGAGCCCAAAUAUGCUGCAAAAGUUUAAAGCGAUACACUGAAUGUACACGAGAUGCUGUAAAUAUUGAUGUUGUAUUCUUUACUUGUGUCCUGACUGUCAUUUUGAACAAAAACAUAACACAUGAUAAGCCAUUUUAAGUUUGUUCUUCUUAGAAAGUACUUUGUAUCAUUACUGGAAAAUACCGCAAAGUAAAAUGAGUACUCAGAAAACGACCUUAA